AUGUCUCUUCAACCAUACAUCAACAAGAGAGUCCUUAUUCUCACUGUUGACGGUCGCACACUUCUGGGUACCCUUCUCUCGACCGACCAACUUACGAACCUUGUCCUCACCAACACGGUCGAGCGCAUCAUCCGCACCCCCGAUGACGAUGAGCCUUCAUCUCAGAUUGAGCAUGGGCUCUACCUGAUCCGAGGCGACAAUGUAGUCAUCUGCGGCGAGGUCGACGAGAAGAUCGACGGAGAGAUCGACUGGAGUAAGGUCAAGGGCGAAGUGAUCCGAGACACGAAGAAUGCAUGA